CUCCCUCCCUCCCUCCUUCCUUCCUGCUCUUCAUCUUCAUCCUGAUCGUGCUCCUGCUCCCGGCUCCUGCUCCUAGAUUCCUCCUUCUGCUCCCCGCUUCCUAAUUCCUCCUCCUGCUCCCUAGUCCCCGUUUCCUAAUUCCUGCUCCCUGCUUCCUAAUUUCUCCUCCCGCUCCCCGGUUCCUGUUCCCUGCUUCCCGAUACCUGCUCCUGGUUCCUAUUCCCCGCUUCCUAAUUCCUCCUCCCGCUCCCCGGUUCCUAUUCCCCGCUUCCUAAUUCCUGCAUCUGAUUCCUGCUCCCUGGUUCCUGUUCCCCUCCUCCUAAUUCCUGCUUCUGCUCCCUGGUUCCUAAUUCCUCCUCCCGCUCCCCGGUUCCCAUUGCCUGCUUCCUAAUUCCUGCAUCUGGUUCCUGCUCCCUGAUUCCUCCUCCCGCUCCCGGUUCCUAUUCCCCGCUUCCUAAUUCCCGCUCCCCGGUUCCCUAAUUCCUCCUCCCGCUCCCCUGUUCCUAUUCCCCGCUUCCUAAUUCCCGCUCCUGGCUCCUGCUUCUAAGUUCCCUGGUUCCUCCUCCUGCUCCCUGCUUCCUAAUUCCUGCUUCUGCUUCCAGGUUCCUGCUCCUGCUCCCCGAUUCCCGGUCCUGCACCUCCUUCCACUGUAGAUUGGAGCUGGUGAAUGAAGGCGGCGGGGAUGGACCGGGCAGCGGUGGCCCGGGUGGGCGCCGUGGCCAGCGCCAGCGUGUGUGCCCUGGUGGCCGGGGUGGUGCUGGCCCAGUACAUCUUCACCAUGAAGAAGAAGACCGGCAGGAAGACCAAGAUCAUCGAGAUGAUGCCAGAAUUCCAGAAGAGUUCGGUUCACAUCAAGAACCCUACAAGAGUGGAAGAAAUUAUCUGCGGCCUUAUCAAAGGAGGAGCGGCUAAACUUCAGAUAAUAACAGACUUUGAUAUGACUUUAAGUAGAUUUUCCCACAAUGGAAGAAGAUGUCCAACGUGCCAUAAUGUCAUCGACAACUGUAAACUGGUUACAGAUGACUGUCGGAAAAAGUUAUUACAGCUGAAAGAAAAGUACUACGCUAUUGAAAUUGAUCCCGACCUUACCAUAGAAGAGAAGUUCCCUUACAUGGUUGAGUGGUAUACUAAAUCACACGGUUUACUUGUCGAACAAGCUUUACAAAAAACUAAACUGGCAGAAAUCGUCGAGGAGUCCGACGUGAUGCUCAAGGAAGGAUAUGAGAAUUUCUUUGAUAAACUCAAUGAACACAGUAUCCCAGUUUUCAUAUUUUCGGCUGGAAUCGGAGACGUACUAGAGGAAGUUAUCCGACAGGCUGGUGUUUAUCAUUCGAAUAUCAAAGUGGUGUCCAACUUCAUGGAUUUUGAUGACAAUGGCAUCCUUAAAGGAUUUAAGGGAGAGUUAAUUCAUGUGUUCAACAAGCACGACGGUGCUUUGAAAAGGACCGAAUAUUUCAAAAACCUAAAAGACAACAGCAACAUAAUCCUCCUCGGGGAUUCGCAGGGAGACUUAACUAUGGCGGACGGAGUGGCGAAUGUGGAAAACAUUCUGAAAAUUGGAUACCUGAAUGACAGAGUGGAUGAACUAUUAGAGAAGUACAAGGACUUAUAUGAUAUCGUUCUGGUAAAAGAGGAAUCUUUGGAAGUGCCCAACUCCAUCCUCCAAAAGAUUUUGUAACCUGAUUGUCCAUCCUUCGGGAAUCUCUUUCUCCCAGGAGAGACAGGCGCUGGGCAGCUUUGGACUGUUUUGGACUUCGGACUAUUUUACAGAAAGUCAGCUGGUGGAAUUUUUGAUUAAAAAAAAACUCUGCAAAUAAUGCACUGAAUCCGUCAUCUCCUGGAAGCUGGUUUCCCACACACACUCCACCGUAGAUUUUUAACCUAAGCGGAAAUUAAAUCCAAAGAAUGACAAACUGUACCUUUCUGAGUGGUUUGUACAGCUCAGUGUCAUUGGAUUACGCAUUUUAAGCCAUGUUUUACAACACGUAAUUACAUACGAAACUUCUUUCAAUUCUUGUCCCCGGUUUUAAGGUCGGUCAGCUUUGUGUUAUAUUGAACUGCCUCUUUUUCAGCGUUAAGAACAAGACCGAAGAUGAAAGGCUAUAUUUUGGAAAACUCACUUGAUCCUAUCGUUUGCCUCGAUGCAUCCUGACUUGGUUUCUCUGCUACCAGGAUUUGUUUUGGGGUUUUUCUGCUUAUGAAAAUCAGAUCAUUUACAUAAAUAGAUCCCAGGUCACUGAUGUACCUGACAGAACAAGCCAACAAAUAAGUCACAGUAUUUCAUCUCCCAGGAUUCUAUUUUGGAGCAACAAUAACGAAAAUGAAAGACAAUGGAGAAGCUAAUGUUAAAAAUUAGUGCCGUGGGCAUGAAUUGAUAAACUUGGAAAUUUACAUUCACUCCAGAAAGCGGGCCACAAUGCCCGUGGAUUUGAUCUGUUGGGUUGCAACCAGUGUGAUUUUUUUGUUUGAUUUCCAUGUAGUGAUUUCUUUUGUUUGUGAGACAAUAUCUUUUCAAGCUGAAUAAACUAUUGCCCUCUAA